CCUGAGUCCGGGCGUGGCCGCGAUGCAGCUCGGUGCCCUGCUCUGCCUGCUGCUGGCCCCAGGGGCCAUGCUGGGGGGACAGGCCAAGGCGCCCCCCUCCCGGCCCUACAACCAGGUCCUGGUGCUGCCCAACGGGGCCCCGCGGGGGGAGUGGGGGCCCGUGGAGAUGUGCCCCGAGGGCAGCUACGCCAACGGCUUCGCCACCAAGGGCGACGCGCCAGGGGAGGACGAGACGGGGCUGAAUGGGAUCCGUCUGCACUGCUCCGACGGCACCACCGUCCAGUCCAGCGUGGGAGCGUGGGGCAGGUGGCAGGGGGCCCGGUACUGCCCCCGGGGCUACCUUCGCGCCUUCUCGCUGGGGGUGCAGCCGCGGCAGGACGCCGGGGACGACGUGGCCGCCGCCGGCCUGCGCGUGGCCUGCUCCGACGGGGAGCUGCUGGCCGGCCACGCCGGGGACGCCGGGGGCCGGGAGGGGCCCUGGAGCCGCCCCUGCCUCUCCGGCUCCGUCUGCGGCCUCCAGACCCGAGUGGAGGAGCCGGGGGGCCAGCGGGGGGACCGUGCGGCCCUCAACGACGUCCGUCUCUUCUGCUGCCCGCCCUAGGGGCCCCCCCCAUGGGGGCGCCUGCCCAUUAAACCUGGCCCAGGGCCUCUUCCCA